AUGGAGCAACAGGUGCAGCUGCAAGCACAGCAGAUUGCCGAGCUGAGAGACCUGCUGCAGCGACAAUCGGCGGAGCUCCAGAGGAUGGCCGCCGCACAACCAGCAGCACCAGCGCAAGCAGCAGCACCAGUGCCCCCAGCAGGGCCACGACGCAUGGAAGGUAUUCUGGACAGCAAGAUAGUUGGGAAGGUCAAGCAGUUCGAUGGCCAACGUUCGUCAUGGAAGACGUUUGAGUUUCACUGGAAGGCCUACUUAGUGGCCAAUGAUUUUCGGUUUAGAAGGAUGUUUCAGGCCAUCGAGGACGAACCUGACGUGGCAAUGCUGGUGAAUGACGUGGGCAGUGUGGAUAAUCCAGAUUUCGAGCCUCUCUCCAGCCAGCUGUACUUUAUGUUGGUGCUGGCAAUGCCAGAAGACAGCACGGGCGAGAGCAUCCUCUCCAACACACCUGAGGGAGAGGGCGCCCUGGCAUGGAAGAAGCUGUUGAAUGAGUACUCUCCCAAUGAGCCAGGGAACAUAGUCGGACAGUUCAGGAAGAUUCUAGGUACGGUGUUCCCCAAAGAUGCGGACAUCGUCACGGAGAUUAUGAAGUUAGACAAGGAGAUCGCCCGCUACGAGAAAGCGAGUGGCGAGACGGUCUCAGCGAACGUAUCACGAGGCAUCCUCCUAGGGGCUCUCUCAGAGGAACCCGAUCUCCAGAAGCACUUGUUCCGCAACCUUCGGAGUUUGCCAACCUACGCCGACAUGGGAGCAGAGGUGGUGAACGCCCUUGCAGCCCAGAGGAGCGUGAACGACGACGCCAUGGACAUUGGAGCGCUCAAGGGUGGCAAGUCCAAGGGCGGCAACUCGGAGGCCACAUCCAGCACCCUCAACCCUAAGUUUGUGUUCGGGUUAGAGGCGAUCGAGGCCGAGGAGAGGCAUGCGAGCAUCGCAGCGGUCAGCCACAAGCCGAAGGAUGCGAUCAUGAUCGACAGCGGUGCGCAGAUCUCGGCGAUGCCCAGCCAGAUGGUGUACGACGCAGGCUACACGAUCCAGAGAUCAAAGAUCCACGAGCUGCAUGCGAUCGACGGGAGCAAUGUUCCCCACCAUGGUCGUACCGACGUCAAGAUUCGACGAGGGGAUGCAGUCCUGCAGCUGGGCAUGGAGGUCGCCGACAUCGAGUGCCCCGUCCUCUCCACAGACGCCAUCACGAGGCGAGGCCAGUCCGUGUUGCACUCGCCGAUGGGAGACUGGAUCGUGGACGCUCCGAUGCUGCCGCCCGACGGAGCUGAGGUGAUCAAGCUGAAGAAGGAGCGCUCGGCCUGCUACUUGGAGUUCGACGAGAUGUUGAAGGACGGCCAGAUCGCCGGGCAGAGCAAGGUCAUGGCUGCGCUCCGACCGCAGGAGUUGGAGGACUCCGUGGGCAUCUUGGCUGCAGCCCGCAAGACGCUGGCACCCACGACUGCGCCGACGAGUUCGUCUGGGGCCCUGCCUCGAGCGCUUGGACCAGACCCCUCGGAGAACGUCACCCUGAAAGCGAAGGAGCUCACGAGACCAGGACAGCCGACGGCGCAGGAGAGGCGUGCCCAUGCAGCACACCACCUGCCCUUCAGGCCCUGGUGCCCCGAGUGCGUGAUGGGGCGAGGCCGUGAGCGACCUCAUCCGAAGCAGCAGGACAGCCCUGAGCUCGACGCGGACCAGGUGCCGAUCGUGGAGAUGGACUUCUUCUUCGCAGCUACUGACGACAUCGCCAAGAAGUACCCGAUGCUCCACGGCUUCGUUGUGAAGCUCGUCGAGGCCAAGCGCAUCCCCAGGGACGAGAGACGCACGAUGAUCCCUGUGCUGAACAUCGUAGACGGGAGGUCGAAUGCUAUGGGCACACUGAUGACGAACAAGACGGUUGGGCAAUAUAAGACUCUGUACGUGGCAAAGCUGAUCGACUCGUGGGGUCAUACCACAGUUGUUCUACUGACUGAUGGCGAACCCGCUAUCGUGGCCAUAGCCGAAGAUGUCAAGAAGCAUCGGAGCCAUGGCACCAUCGUUCGUAAAGCCGCAGCGCAUUCUCAUCAAAGUAUGGGACGCGUGGAAGGCGCCAACUCUCUGGCAGCGGGCCUCUUGAGGACCUUCAGGUCCGCGCUGGAGAAGCGGUUGGAAGUCACGAUCGACGCCGACCACCCGAUCCUACCCUUCGUGACGAACGCGAUCGGCUGGUAUGUCACACGGUUCCAGCCGCGGGAGCACGGAGGGUCCUCCUACAAGUUUCUCUUCGGCAAGGAGUACGAUGGAGAAGUCGCCGAGAUCGGCGAGCAGGUUUGGUAUCGGAUCGCUGGGCGGGUAGCCAGCGGUCAGGGCAAGUUCGAGGCCCGCUUUGCUAAAGGCGUGUGGGCAGGCAAGUCGGAGUUUGACGACCAGCACCUAGUCGUGGACUUGCAGCGCGGGCUCCUCAAGGUGCGCACGGUGCGUCGCAUGCCCGAGGAGUUCCGCUGGUCCGAGGACCUGCUGAGGCAGAUCAGCGUGACGCCCUGGGACCCCACGCCAGCUAGGGCCAAGGAGAUUGCGAGGCCCAAGGGCCUCUACAUCACAGAGAGGAUGAUUGACAGACAUGGACCGACUUCAGAAUGCCUCAAAUGCUCCACAGGGCGAGGACAGCAUUCCGACGCUUGCAGGCAGAGGUUUGAGCACAUCGUCCAGGAGGAGCUCGAGCGGAGGCUCAAGACUGAGGGAGCCUCGCCAGCGACACCAGCGCCGCCUGGAGUGGCGCCUGGCACGCCCGUACCCGAGAGUGCGCCUGGUCCUAGUCAGCGCUCGCAGCCUGAGGACCGAGCGCCGGGCACACCGAGGCCAGGAGCGCAGGUGCAAGAGGCCACGGCGGACCAACCUCCCAGGAGCUCUGGCGGGAACAUCCCCGACACGCCGAUGGACACCAAGGACGACACGACUCGCAAGCAUCAGGUCGAGGCUGCAGGAUCCGAGGACCAGGGCGGCAAGCGCCAGAGGAUCGAGCUUCUUGGUGUGAGGCCUGAGGUGACAGUCAUCGCGGGCAUGUCGGUGUGCGAGCUCGCGGUCUGCGAGGCGGACGACUCCGAGGAGUACGACCCCGUCUGGGACCCGAUCCCCACGGCAGAGAGCCGAUGCGACGGCAGAUGCCCAUCACAUGGAGGACGGUGUGCACUUCGAGAUGACCACCGUGGAGGCUGCGCCUGUCGGCUGUGCCUGAUCCAUGCUGCGCGCGCCGUGGAGGCCCCGAGCGCAGUGGUGGCAGGCCUGUACAGCAUGUGGGCGGGCGGUCUGGAAGACGAGGUUGAGAGCCCGCAGAUGGUCCACUACGACUACUACUCAGGCGAGCCGUUGGACGAGGAGCUCUACCAGGAGGGCAGGCGCGACGAGCUGGAGGCGAUGAAGGAGUACGGUGUCUACACGGAGAUCCCCAUCUCUCAGUGCCAGCCAGGGGGGAAGCACGUCCGGGGCUUCCCGAUCGCCCACAUGAAGGGCGACAAGGUGCGCUGGAGGUUCGUCGCGACCGAGGUGAACGACAAGCACCGCGAGGACAACCACCAGGGCACGCCGCCGCUGAUGGUCAUCAGGCUGAUCAUUUCCCUCGCAGCAUCCAAGUCCGAUGCUGACGGAGUGCACCGUCGGCUGCUGCGUGUCUGGGAUGUCCGCAAGGCGUUCUUCAAUGCGGACUUGGACGAGCUGGUCUACGUGCAUCCAGGAUGGGAGCUGUGUCCAAAAGGCUCCUGCUGGGUUUUGCACAAGGCGAUGAACGGGACGAGGAAGGCCUCGCAGCUCUGGGGCGAGACGAGCAAGGCAGCGAUCGACGACGCAGGAGGCAACCCGCUGAAGGGCACAGCUGGGACCUACUACUUCGAGAACUUAGUGGGUGACGGCAUGGACGCCACGAUGUGCUGCCACGGUGAUGACUUCUUGGCGGAGGGCCACCGCGACACCCUCGACGCCAUUGGCAACUUCCUGGGGGCGAACUUCGAGGUCACCGAGUCCGAGAGCAUAGGCCCAGGUUACCCUGGAGAGCUGAACUACUUGAAGCGCAUAGUGGGCUACACGAGCGAGUUGCCCGAGACCAGGAUGCCAGGCUUCUACUGGAGUGCUGAUCCGAAGCACGUGGAGGAGCUCAUCCGCUGGGGCCACAAGUCGGGUUCCAAGGCUGCGCCUACCCCUGGAACAAAGGCUACGGGGGCAGGCAUGAGGAAUGCCCUGGACCCACUGCCCGUGGCCGAGGCCAAGUCGACCUCUUCAGCGGCAGGACUGAGCCUGUAUGUCUCGAGUGACAGGCCUGAUGCUAUGUUCAGCUCCAAGACGAUUAUGCAGCACGUCAGCAAGCCAAACGUCCUGAUGAACGCACGUCUGCACCGGCUGUGCAGGUACUACGAGGGCGCACCGAGGCUGCUGUGGUGCUACGAGCUCCAGGACUUACCAGAGGUUCUCCGAGUGGACGCGGAUGCCGACUGGGCGUCUACGACAAGCCUCUUCAGGACUUCGACCUCUGGGGGAGUUGUUCGUUUCGGAGGCCACACGGUCGAGGCGUUCGCGGUCAGCCAGGCAACUCAAGCGUUGUCGUCAGGAGAGUCGGAGUUCUACGCCAUCGGGAGUGGAGCUGCAAGAGGUUUGCAGGCGAAGCACUUCCUUGGAGAGGUGGGCGUCACCGUGCGUCUUGUCGUGGCCAGCGACAGUGCUGCAGGCAGAGGGAUCUGCCAGCGCCACGGUGUGGGCAAGGUGCGCCACCUCGAGUUACGGCAUCUCUGGCUGCAGGACCGUGUACGGUUGCGACAGCUGGAGUUGAUCAAAGAAGCGACCACGGAGAUGGUUGCGGACAUCCUCACGAAGUAUGUGGAAGCAGAGACCCUGUUUAAGCACAUGGCGACCAUGAACCUGCGGCUCGUGCCGCUCGGAGCAGUGGUAGUGAGCGCGCUGCUACCGACGGUGCGCGGCCAGGAGACGGAGGAGGGCGCCAAAGGCGCGCCCUGGCUACUGAUUGUGAUGGCUUUGAGCAUAGCGUUGCUGUCUUUUCUAGUAGGCUGUUGCGCUGGAGCCAGAGCGGGCUCCACUGCGGUUUGCUACGAGCGUCCCGAGACGCUGAGUGAUGACAGUGCAGCUCCUGAGCAGACCGCAAGCGACGGAGAUGCGAGAGUGCAGCUAGUUCUUUCAAGGCUGACAGUGCCUGACCUACGAGCUAUUGCUCGUGCGAACAAGAUCGGCCUUGGGGUGGGCUAUGUGAGGAAGCAGCGCCUGAUCGAGAUGAUCAUCUCUGCUGGCGCGAGCCCCACCUGCGAGCAGGCAGAGCGCCUAGAGAGCGUUUGUGCCGUUCUUUCCAAGGCUGGUCUGAGUUGUUUUGUGCAGCCACGCCUGCUGUUCACGAAGCAGGGGCUGGAGAGUCAUUUGGCCGAGCGACCGAGCAGCGUGCCGCAGGCGCGUGGCCGAGCGCUCGAGUCGGGCGGAGGUCCGCUCGAGGAGGCCGCAGAUUGGGAGCCCUGCGAGGAGCUCAGGCCGGGGCCCGGGGCGCGGCCUGGGCGCGUGCCUCUCGGCGGCCGGCCGCCCGCUUUCGCGAGGCAGGGCGGCGCCGCCGCGAGGGCCAGCCGCGCGCUGUGGAGGCCGAGGGCUCCCGCGGCCGCGGCGGCGGCGCCGACCGACGGGGGCGCCCAGCGGCGGCGCCGCCGCCGUCCUCCGCGGCGCGGCGCAGGGCCGCCGCCGCCGCCGCGCCGGCGGCAGCGGCAGACGCUCGGCCACGUCCGCGGGGAGCGCGCGAGCCCGCCGAGGGCAGCCCGCACGAGGGCCAGGGCGCCACGGCGGAGAGGCCUCGCGCGGCUGCGCGAGGGCGAGAAGGCCGCGGGCGAGGCCGCCGAGGGCGGCGCCAUGCAGCUGGGCCAGGAGGGCGGGCACUCGCCGCUGCUCGGCCGGCCUGGCCGCGCGGCCAUGCGGCCGUACGCCGGGCGGCUGGCCGCGUGCUGCGGCUACGUGACGCUGAACGCCUCGGGCCCGCUGCUGAUGGACUGGGUGAAGCGGCACCACGGCGGCCGCUUCCCCUUCAGCUCGCCGGCGCUGAUCUUCCACGCCUACGCGUGCGCGGUGGCGCUGGGCGCCUCGUCCACGCUGCUCGCGGGCGGCCUCGGCGCGUGGCGGCGCCUGCUCGACGCCGGCAUGCUCUGGCGCUUCGGGGCGGGCGCGGCGCUGUUCGCGCUGGGCGACACGCUGAACAUCAUGGCGGUGGAGAACAUCCCCGACGUGGCGACCUACAGUCUUGUCGGCAAGGCGCUCGCGAUCGUCCUCACGGCGUUGUGCUCGCGGGCCUUGCUGGGUCAGGUGCAGACGGGGCUCCAGAAUGUCCUGCUGGUGGUCGUCACGGCCGCCACCGCCGACUUCUGCGUGGCCGACUUCCAGGCGCGCCGCGGGCAGGAGAGUAGCUCCGCGGCCAAUCCCACCCCCGGCGAGGAGGGCAGCUGGCACCGAGGCUGGUGGCUGGGGCUGUCGCAGCGGACCGCGGGCGUGGCCCUGGCGUCGCUGGCGGCCGUGCUGCAGCAGCGGCUGCUGACGCAGCAGACGGGGGUGCCCUUCCUGCUGCAGCAGUUCUGGAUGGGUUGCGGGGCCAUGGUCGUGAGCCUGCUCACCCUCCGGUUCGGGCAUGGCCUACCCAUCGCGAGCGUGUUGGAGGGCUUCGAAGACUGGCGCGUGCUGGUGCUGCUGGCCACUUUCACGGGCAGCGGCAUGUGCGCUGGGCUGGUGGUGAAACACCUGGGCGCGGUGGCCAAGGCCCUGUGCGUCCCCGUCUACCCAGCAGGCGCGCUUGACGAGAUCAUGAGAAUCUUCGCUUGGAGUAUGAACACGCUUUUGACAGGCAUUCAUCCUAGUGUAAAUUGGCACGGCUUCCCUGUGGCAACCACAAGUGACUGCCUCGCAGGCGGCUGGAAAGGCGUUUUCACUCAAGUCCGUGGGGACUGGCAGUUCAUGCGUGAACUCAUUAAGUUCCCUGCGUGGAAUGGAGCAGAAGAAAUGUGCUGGAUGUGUAAAGCUAGCAGCAUCAUUCCGGAGCUCGUGUUCACGGACUGUCGGCCGCGUGCUGGUUGGCGUCGGACGAUGCGCACGCGCGAGUCGCACGUAGCAGAGGUGCGCGUUCUGCUUGUUCUCUUCAAGAACGCGAUUGGCCUGCGGCUGGAAUGCGUGGUGGUUGACGUCUUACGCGCUGUCGAUCAAGAUGUUCCAAGCCCAGAUGGAGUGCCGCCGGCGCAACAGGCAGCAGGCGAAAUUGAUGAAGUCGACUUAGAGAGUGCUUCGACUGUGGCUCUUUCUUCUACUCACAUCGGUGACCUCAUUGAAGUCAACGAAGAGAUUCAGGACAUGGGCGUAGUCAUCUCCGCGGCGAUGGUGCAGAUCGGCCAAACGAAAUACACGAUGACGUUGCUGAAGGAGCUCGAAAACAUGUUGCAGAUCGUCGGCGCGGCUGCGAGCUACAUCCUGGUUUGCUUCGACGGCGGCUUCGCGAGUGCAGAUUCUUCGAAGAUCAAAGAGGCGAGGGAGUGGCUCAUGGAAAUCAGGUCUGGAUGGACUAACCUGAAACCUACGGUAGACGAGAUCACCAGCAAGCUCAAAAAGCACGACAUCGAGAUUCCCGAUUCCGAAAUGCUUGGCGUGACGCCGUCGACCAGCAUGGAAUUCAAAUGUCCCCCAGAUCCAAUCGAGGGGAGCAACGAGGGCCCGCUGAAGGAGCAUGCAGUGCCGAUCGAGUGGGCGAAGCAGCUCGACAACGAGAGGGCGUUGAAAAAGCAGAAGUUCGAGGCCAAUCGCCCGGGCGCCGACGAGGAGGUCAACUUGCAUAAUCUCAAGAAGGAGAAGAACGAGCCCGCCGCCGAGGCGAAGAAAGAGCCGCUGAGCCCCCAGGAGCAAGAGGAGAAGGGUGUCACAGAGUUCAUGGAGCCGCUGUCGCGGCAGAAAUUGUCACGCAACUUGAGCGACAAGAUUUGCGAGAUGAACAUGUUGUUGCCGCAGACGCAAUCCAACCGUCUAGCAGGGGUGCUCGCCACCGACAUGGAGAAGUUCGCGAAAAAGGCCAACACUGCGCACGCCGCGGUCAAACAGAUGAUGGCAGACCCUGGGAAUAUCAAGCGCGAGAACUUCCCCGCGCUCAUCAAGAAGGUCAGCGAGGUUCUCAAGGAGUACCUCGAGAUCGAGACGUGGGCCUUGGACUUCGGCAUCAAGGAGAAGGCGAAGAAGGGCAAGACGAAGGCGGAGAAGGCGGAGAGGGUGAAGCGCUUGAGUAAGAAGAUUCCCGACAAGUGCUCGAGCCCCCAAUCGGCGCUUCAUCUCAUCGACGUCGACGUCGCCGUGAGCCAGCCGAAAACUCCAGUCGAGCUGACCGCCCUCUUCAAGAAAGGCAGAGAGAACAAGCGCGGCAAGAAGAAGAAGCACGGCAAGCAGAGCAAGACGAGCAAGCAGAGCAAUCAGGGCAAGACGAGCAAGCCGAAGAGCAAGACGAGCAAGCAGAGCAAGAGCGCCGAGGCGAACACUGGCGACGCGCCCGAGGAGCCCGCCAGCAACGGCAAGCAGAAGUCGCUCAAGAAGAGGAUCCACUCUAGGGCCUGGCACGCUGAGACGACGAAGUGCAAGAGCUUGGGGAUCGUAGGUGAAGAACUCUACUCUCGCCGCUCUGCCGCCGCUGCCUUGGCGCUGAAGAAAGCAGGCUUUUAG